GGAGAAGAGAGGGAGCCGCCUGCGUUCCACCAGGCGCACAGCUUCAUGACCUCCUUCCUCGAGAAUCCCAAGCCGACCAACAACGGUGCGAUGCUCCCGCUCCUGCACGCGCUCAUCAUCGAGCUCGGCCUCCUCUCCAAGUUCCAGGGCAACAAGGUCGCGCCCAAGGUCGCGCCCAAGACCGUGCCCUCUCCCUUCACCCUCCCUGAACUCCCGCGCUCCCUGCGCCAGGCGAAGCUCCUCCUUAAAUCACACGCGUUCAUCAACAUCCGCGACUACCUCAACGCGCGCGGCGACGGCUUUGCCGCGCUUCAGAAGGUGCUCCACCCGAGCCGACGCAGCCUCGUCCGCGAGAUCAGGACACAGCCCAAGAAGCGCGUCCCGCUCGGAUGGGUGAAGCAGUCGGGCCUCAACGUGUUGUUGGUCAGCAGAUACUGAGCGCGUCAACGCUUGUCGUCUGUCUGUCUAGGCGUCCUAUGCAGCGACGCCUAUUAUGCAGGCCAUGUGAUACGCCCUCCUUUUGGGGUUCACGACUCUUCGUUCUAAUUUGUUCUAUUUCGUUCUAUUUUGCUUUCGAUCUCUACUUCGUACCCCUAUGUCCCCCGCAUCCUGUUGUCGCCCGCCUUGUGUACGGUAUAGUAUUACCCUGUCUUGUUUUCGGAAGUUCGAUCUGCUGCUGUACUAGAUGUAGACUUGCCUCCCACCCCCCCUCCCCGUUCUUUCGCUAGAAGACCUGUAUAUCUGUAUCCUGCCUCUUGUAUGUAUCCGCCGAAAUGUCAAGUGUAAUUGCUUCCCUCGU